AUGCUUCGUUGGCUUUUCCCCGACAAUUCGACGAGAAGCUUCGACGCGCCGUCGGAGACGCAGAGUGCGCGCGACGAUCGGAAAAACAUCGGAUACGGAGAGAACUACCUUCUUUUCGACUUGGUCAUCGGGGAAAUCGAAAUGGCGGUCGUUCGGUUCGAGACGGAGAAGGAGCUGAAGGCGGAGGAAGAGCGGAAAGCGGAGCGUCGACCCGACUACUCGUGGCUCGUCUCCGGAAAUUCGCAUCGGGCGAGAAAGCAGUUAUCCGUGCAUGUGAGUCGCGAAACGGACCUUACCUAGAAUAUGAUCCCUCGCUGAUCCCCAUUCAAUUUCCUUUGAAAUCCCGUAAACACCGAGUCCUGCUGGUUCUCGAAUCUUCUCUCGAAAACUAAACAACAAUCACCAGUUAUUUUGGUUUGCGGUCAUCCGCCGCCGACGUAAUCGCCGCCUGAAAAUAGACUGAAAGCGCUGCACUUUCGCAUUCCGAUCGGGCGUAAUUGAGGCGUUGCUCUUUCAUAAUCGCACGUUUUCAGGAGAAGAAUCGGAUCGAGAAUGCGUGCGAGCGACUCAAGCCGUGCGAAUGGUCGAAGACUAUCGACACGUGGAAAAAGAAGACGCAGGUAGGUAUCAGAAAUAAUCCGUUUCGAGAAUAUUCUUAGUCACGUUUUCCGUCUAUCGAGCUAUCUUUUGGAUUUUUCAUCUGAGAAAAAAUCGGGUUCAAAUAAACUGAGCCAGGGGCUUCGGAGGAUUAAGCGGGGGUGGUCGGAAAGAGAGACAAGUGCUUACAGGACCCGUCGUCGCGCGAUGAAAUUGUGGAGCAGUUCGUGAUUGCCACGCACGACACGAUCCAAGCACGGAAGCACGAGCCGACUUUGGGCGAGGUCGUCAGGAACAUUACCUCGGGACGGUCGAUCAGUUUCAACUCGGUCCGACACGCGGACAUGCCACGGAACGCCCCCGCAUCCGCGAGAAACGUGGCCGAACUUUCUUUUAUCGAACUGCAGGAAAUGGUUUGA